AUGUUAUUCCAUAGAUUAAAUGCUGUUAUUGUUACAAUUGUAACGUUUUUCGUAAUGAAAGCAGAUGCUAGCGAUUCCUUACCAGAAAUUACGGUUUUGGGGAACAAGUUCUUUUUCUCUAAUAAUGGGUCACAGUUCUUUAUGAGAGGUGUAGCUUACCAAACGGACAGUACCGGCGUUGAAGGAACUCAGACCUUCAAGGACCCAUUGGGGGAUUAUGAUGUUUGUUCUAGAGAUAUUCCAUACCUGCAGAAAUUGAGGACAAACGUUAUUCGUGUUUACGCUCUUGACACAGCUUUAGAUCACUCCAAAUGCAUGCAAGCCUUGGCCGACGCUGGAAUAUAUCUUAUUGCUGAUUUAUCUGAGCCAGGCCUCUCUAUUAACAGAAAGAGUCCUCAAUGGGACCUUGAUCUAUAUAAAAGAUAUACCUCUGUCGUUGACGCGCUAGCCAACUACACCAAUGUGUUAGGUUUUUUCGCUGGUAAUGAAGUCACUAACGAUGACACUAAUACUGGAGCUUCUGCCUUCGUCAAAGCCGCUAUUAGAGACAUGAAGAGCUACAUAAAGUCCAAGGGAUAUCGUAACAUUCCAGUUGGAUACUCUUCAAAUGAUGAUGCAGCCACUAGAGAAGCCAUCACGGACUAUUUUGCUUGUGGUAGUGAUGCUGAAAAAGCCGAUUUCUACGGAAUUAACAUGUAUGAAUGGUGUGGUGAAUCUACUUUUGAAAAAUCAGGAUACGCUGACAGGACUAAGGAAUUCUCUCGUGUGGACAUUCCUGUUUUCUUUUCGGAAUAUGGUUGCAAUGAAAUUAGACCAAGAAAGUUCACUGAGGUGGAGGCCUUGUACGGCGAUGACAUGACUGACGUCUGGUCAGGAGGUAUCGUCUAUAUGUACUUUGAGGAAGCAAACAACUAUGGGUUGGUCUCUAUUGACAGCAAUGACAAAGUUUCUACCUUGGCUGAUUUUAACUACUAUUCUAACCAGAUUCAAACUGUUAACCCAACUGGUGUUAACUCUGCUUAUUACACACCUUCAUCAAAAUCCAUAAACUGUCCUACUCCGGCUGCACAUUGGAAGGCAGUGAGCAAACUACCACCUACCCCUGAUGAAAAUGUGUGUUCAUGUAUGGUUGAAUCUUUAUCUUGUGUUGUCAGUGACAAUAUCAAAGAAGAUGACUACGAAAAUUUGUUCGCAUACGUCUGUUCCCAAAUUUCUUGUGAUGGCAUUCAUGCUGACGCUACUACAGGUGAUUAUGGUGCUUACUCCUUCUGCUCCAGCAAAGAAAAGUUGUCUUUUAUUUUGGACGCUUUCUAUAAGGUUAGCGGUAGCUCUCCAAACGGUUGUUCUUUUGGUGGUUCUGCAUCUUUGCAUAAACCUUCUACCGAAUCUACAUGUACCGCAAUAUUAAAUGCCAUUGGUACUGCUGGUACCGGUAGCUUUAGAGCACAAAUUACUUACGCUACUGUUGCGAACCGUCCUAAGGCAUCGAAUCCAAGCAGCUUAGACUCAACUUCAGAAAAUAGCGCAACUAACAGCUCAAGCAGUUCCAACAGCUCAAACACCUCAAAAAGUUCCAACGCCGCUAUUAUCAACACCAACCCCAGUCUGCCCCCUGUUUUCGCCUCACUCGCUGUUAGUCUCUCUUUCCUCCUCGGUUUCAGCCUAGUUAUCGCUUAA